GAGGGUGGUGGUGAGGGUGGCGGUGAGGGUGGUGGUGAGGGUGGCUGCGGUGGAGGCUACCAGAUGGAGCAGUUCGACGCGGUCAUACGGAAACACCUUGGAGGCACGAGUGGUCUUGCUCCGACCCUGUGGGAGCUGUCCACCCAGCCUGAGAUGUGGUUCUUUAACGUGGACUUCGCCCUCGAGUCUGCCCGGCCUCUCCCUCCCUACGCCGUCUGUGUGGGCGGCCUCCUCGCCAGGCCACCGCGUCCUCUGCCACCGACCCUAGACUCUCUGCUGUCUGGGCCGUGCUCCCGCGGCUUCGUCCUCGUCUCGCUGGGCUCCAUGGUCUCGUCAGUGUCCGACGAGCGUCUGCUGGGCGAGAUGAGCGCCGCCCUCUCCCGCCUGGCUCCCCUCUGCGUCCUCUGGCGACACGCGGACCUCGCCUGGCCCAGGGGACGCAACGUGCACGUCGCUGAUUGGCUGCCUCACAACGACCUCAUGGGCCACAGUGGAGCCCGUCUGCUGGUCUCUCACGGAGGCAUGAACAGUGUGUACGAGGCCAUCUACCACGGCGUCCCUGCCGUCAUGAUCCCGCUGUUCGGCGAUCAGCACCGCAACUGCCGCCUGGCACAGAGUCGCGGUUUCGCAGUCUGCCUGCGGGUGGCCUCCCUGGACAGAGACGCCCUGCACUCCGCCCUGCACGGCGCCCUGCAAGAGCCCAGGCUCCGUGCAGCUGCCCGUGCCGCCAGCGCGCUGCACCGCUCCCUGCCGAUGUCCCCCGGCGCCACGCUCAGUCGCUGGCUCGAGCACGUGACCGCUGUGGGCGGAGCCGAGCACCUCAGGCCGCGAGCAGCGACGGCAGCGGCAGCAGGACUGGCAGGCAUAGCCAUGCUCCAGGAUGGAACCCACGGCUUCCUGCACAUGAUGUAG